AUGGCUUCAUUCCAGACUUUUAGACUUGUGCCGCUGCGCGAAGAGGUGCUCGGUGAGAAGGAUGAGUGGGCAGGUCUAACCGAUGCCAAAGAGAGGAGAAAGCGGCAAAACAGGAUCAAUAAGAGAGCGGCUCGUCGACGUCAGAGGCUGACCGAUGCACGCGAGCACGAGGCUCGUUUUGAACCACCAGCGAACAGUAACACCAGUGUACCUUGUCAAUUGGGAGAAGAUGCGAUCGCAGCUUCAUCGGCAACUGGCGUUUACUUUCCUAUGACGCCAGACUCUCGUCUUCUUCAUGUCAUCUCGUUCAACGUCUCCCGUGCCAUCCUAACAAACUACUUCAUCAUUUCCACUAUCCCCCUAGAAACCACGAGGUUCUGCUCCAUAUGCCGGGUUUUCACAUUGCCUGCCCCAGAAACAGGCUUCGAAAUUACCCUACCAGUGUCCUUAAUGCCGACGCUUCUCCAAGAGCAAGUACCGCAUCCUGGCUGGGUGGAUCUCUUUCCUUCCCCAAAAUUGCGGGAUAACCUGAUCCUUGCACUUCAAGAGUACGAUAUCGAUGAGGAUGCUUUCAUGUUGGAUUUGGUUGGAGAGGCCUUUGAGAGCCUUUGUCUAACUAGUGACGAGGUUGAAGAGCAAUCCGCCCUGGUAAACCUGAAGGGCAGCGAGGCUGAAAGUCAACCAGCCCCCGUUGCAACAACAACGGGCGAGGGUGAUACUAUUACAGCUAUAAACUUGGAAAAUUCUUGGAUCGGAGAGUCGGGUCUAAUAUCUUGGUCGGAUCCUUGGGAUACAGCUGGCUGGGAAGUGACCGAGUCGUUUGCCAAGAAAUGGGGGUUUCUUCUAAUAGGAUGCGAAGACGUUGUCAACGCGGCAAACAAGUGGAGAGAGACCAGAGGCGAGAAUCCUUUAAGCGUGACGAUUUAG